CAUUCGACAAAAUUCCCAACAGUUGCAUUUAGAGUAUUUUGUUUGCAGGAAAAACACCCCUGUUUAUAUGAAGAAAAGAGCGUAUUGGACUCGGGGGGAAAAAAGAGAUGUUCCUCGACGCCAUUUUCCUCUGCCUUCCUCGCACCUCUUUGUAUCGACCGGAUAAUCAUGAAUAGAUGAACAGAAUCCUCAGCCGCCAAAAUGGAUUUUGAGGAACAGAGAAGGAUGUUCGCCAUGAACAUGGGCGGACAUCCCAUGGCAAACCAUCAUGCUACUCAGCAAGCAGUGGCUCAGCAGGCAGCAGCUCAGCAGGCAGCAGCUCAGCAGGUGGCACAACAGGUGGCUCAGCAGGGUCCCCACACCAGGAUCCUUAUGUCUGAGCCCUCGCUGCCGAUGGUUGCAGGGUCGCGUCAGGGUCCAAUGGAUGCUACUAUGGCCACCAUAACAACACAGAUGGCAAAUGCACAGCAGAUCACUAUGCAUCAUACUGUGCAUCAGCAACAACUGGCACAUCACCAGCAACAGGCUGCACAAGUUGCACAGCAGCAGCAGCAGCAACAACAACAACAGCAACAGCAACAGCAACAGCAACAGCAACAGCAACAGCAACAACAGCAGCAACAGCAGCAACAGCAACAGCACAUGGAAGUGGCAGUGGGCAUGGACGCAGGUGGCGAGGCAGGCCCUUCGAUGGUGCGGGUGAUGGACGAGGGGCCAGUAGAAGUGAAGGCCCCAGAUGCCCACGACCCCAGCAUGGUGGAGGGGCCGAGUGAGGGCGUGGACAGUGUGGGGGCAGGGCAGAGCGGGAUGGAAACGUCCCGGUGGUGCCUUGUGUGUGACAAGGGCCUCCCAGCCCAAGAGUCGUCACAGGAACUGGUAGAUCUUUAUAAGGCAACCAUGACAGUGAGCCAGAGAAAACUGUCGGCAAUGUUAGGCCGCCUGGUAGGAUUGACGUUGUAUAAGGCCCAUAGUGAUGUGUUGUGCCGAAGGUGUUUCAACCUAGUGGACCAGGUAGAUGGGCUGGAAAUUGAGCUGGCAGACACCAAAAUGGAACUUGUUCAACAGUACGAAGCCACUAUAGCACACAGGCAACCUCAUGCGAAGAGAGAGAUUGAGAGACCGACACUUGAAGUUGAUGUUGAAUGGGAUGAGUCUAAUGAGUCCGAUGUGAUAGACAAUGACGAUGAUGACCCAGACUGCACGGCCUCUGGAGCAAAGAAAAAAAAGAAGACGAGAAAGACAAAGCGCAAAGGAGGACGUCCUCGGAAAGUAAAGCUCACGGCAAAGAUUAAGCAUAUUGACAACAACCUCAGUGGGGUGGAAGAUAAUGAUGCAGAGGGUAGGCCAAGGAAGCGAGGACGAGGGCGGCCCAGGAAGAAGGAUAAGGAAGAAGACGAUUUCAUACCUCCAGGAGCUCCAACCAAGGACUGUCCUACGUGCAAGAAGGUUGUCCACGCAAAGAAGUACCUGAUUCACUUAUCAACACAUCGGCUUUUCCCGUGUCCAUUCUGUGAAUCCGUCUACAAGAGAAAGGACAUCAAGACGCAUUUGGCUGAGGCUCAUCAGGAGGAGAUCCACUACCCUUGCACAGAGUGCGACGAGGUCUUUGACACGUUCAUGCAGCUGCGGCAGCACUGCCUAGUGGUGCACAUGGGCGUGGAGAGAGAGCAGUUUGUGUGCAAGCUCUGUAGCAAGAAGUUCUCCAGCCCCACAGGUCUCAAGGUGCACAUAGAGACCAUCCAUGAGAAGGUCCAGGUAUACGAGUGCCCGGAGUGCAAGGAGACUUUCAACCAGAAGGGCAACAUGCAGAACCACUUCCGUCGAGUGCACCAGGGGGAUGAGGCGCGUAAACUUUUGUGUGAUAUAUGUAACAAGGGCUUUAUCUGCCCAAGCGACCUCAGGAAGCAUGUAGAGCGUGUGCAUCUCAAGGUACGCAAGAAUGAGGUAAUGUGUGAGGUUUGUGGGAAGCCCUUCUCAGAUUCCCGGGCCAUGAGGAUUCACAUCAAUGCAGUCCACACCAAGGAGGUUCAGCACCCAUGCCCUGAGUGUAAAAUGGUCUUCCACAGCCUCACUAACAUGGUCACACACAGACGGCGCAUGCAUGGGGGGCCAGAGGGCAGAAAAAAUGUGUGUGAAGUGUGUGGCAAAGGCUUCUGUAGUCCAAGUGAUCUGAAAACACAUAUCAGAGUUGUGCAUGAGAAUGUUAGAAAGUAUGUAUGUGAUAUCUGUGGCCAGGCAUUCAAAGUGUGUUCGCACUUGAAGUACCAUCGAAGGAAACACACUGGUGAGACGCCGUAUGAGUGCCCUCAUUGUGGGAAGUGCUUCCAUGGACCAAGUCAUAUUUCAGACCAUGUUAAGAAGGUCCAUAAAACAGUCUACAUUGGAGCCAAUCAGCGCCGCAAGUUAAACCUACCAGAGAGUGCUCCUCCCCCACCCCCUGGCAUGCUGCCCCCUCGUGAGACCAAGCCCAAGCCCAAACCCAUGACACCACCCAUGAACAUGGUCCAUCCUACAUAUUCACAACCCAUGGCAUGCACAAUUCCUGCCACUGGAGUGACCACCUUCACUCCUACGCACCACACUACCAACAUGCUGCCACCAGCGCAGGCCAAUCCACCCAUGAUCCAUCACCAGGGUAUCAUGGAACACCACAACCCCUAUGCCAAUUUCCAGUUCCAAACGGUCGAACAGAAUCCUGCCCAACAGUCACCGGUGCCCAUGGUCGUGCGGCUCCUGCAUGACUUGCACACCCUCAUGUGGUCAUUAUUUCUAACUGUGUUCAAUAUUCAUCAGAUCAUGAUUCAGACCUUUAUAUUAGAAAAUGAAUCAGUGCUAGAAAGUGACAUCACGACGCACCUGGCCGAGGCACACCAGGACGAGAUCCACUUCCCGUGCCCCGACUGCGAGCAGGUCUUUAACACGUUCACGGACCUGCGCCACCACUGCUUCGUGGGGCACAUGGGCAUCGCGCAGGAGGCCCACGUGUGCGUGCAGUGCUCCAAGACCUUCUCCAGCUCCUCGGCGCUCAAGGUGCACGUGGAGACCAUCCACGACCGCAAGUACAGCUACAAGUGCGAGAAGUGCGACGAGACCUUCAACAAGAAGACUAACAUGCAGAACCACCUGCGCAGGGUGCACCAGGCCGCGGAGUCGAAGCGCCUGCAGUGCGACCUCUGCGACAAGAAGUUCUUGUGUCCAAGUGAGCUGCGGAAGCACGUGGAGCGCGUCCACCUGAAGGUGCGCACCAGCGAGGUCCUGUGUCCUAUCUGCAGGAAGCCCUUCGGCGACUCCCGCGACAUGAAGGUCCACCUGAGCGCCGUGCACAACAAGGACACGCAGUACCCGUGCCCCGCCUGCUCCAUGGUGUUCUACCGCCUGAACGACAUGGUCAACCACAAGCGGCGCAUGCACGGCGGCAAGGAGGUCCGCACGCACGUGUGCCCGACAUGUUCCAAAGGCUUCUGCAGCAAUAGCGACCUGAGGACGCAUAUCAACGUCGUGCACCAGGAUGUGCGCAAGCACGUAUGCGACAUGUGCGACAAGGCCUUCAAAGUGGCGUCGCACCUAACGUACCACAAGCGCAAGCACACGGGCGAGACGCCUUUCCAGUGCCCGUACUGCAGCAAGGGCUUCCGCGGGCCCGGCAACAUCUCGGAGCACGUCAAGAAGGUGCACAAGGCGGUCUACAUCGGCGUGGCGCAGCGGAGGAAGCUCAACCUGCCGGACUCGGCUCCGCUGCCGCCGCCGGGCAGCCGCCCCAGCGAGCCGCCCAAGGCCAAGGGCGCGAAGGACGCCAAGGCGCGCGCGAGGGCGAGAAGGACCGGGGAGCCACGCGGCAAGGACUCCAGCCUAUUGGCCGCUCCGGUGGAAGGCGAGGCGGCCGAGGUGGCGCAGGAGCCGCCCAUGGACGCCCUUCAGGACGGCGUUUCGGCUUCAGUGCAGAACGCCGUCCAUUUCACGGUCUCGGGACAAGCCACCCACACAGUUGCCGCCACCCAAGCGUCUAUCCACGCCCUCGCGCCCGUGAACGCAUCCACUUCCGCCGUGUACUCCUUCAUACCAUACAUCACCUCGACAGGGCACUCCGACGUCAUUCAGGUGCCCAGUACCCAGGUUCUCACACCUACCGACGGCCCAACCUUCCAUACCACGCCCGCUAUCGUCGCCAACCAAGGGUUGAUCGACCACGUCAACGCCUACAUCAACUUCUGAAACGUUGAACCGAUGCCCAGUGCCCGGGCAUCGUCGUUUUGUGCUGUUGUUGGCAUUAAUAUACCUCAGGCGGGCUGAUGGAUGUCAGUCGGCAAAUGUCCUCCUUUUUAAAUGUCCUCCUUUUUUCGCCAAAAUUGAUUUAGUGUUCAUUGAUUUUUCCACUACUAAAUUAAUCCGAACCUUUAUUAAUGUAAAUAGUUCCAAGCAUUCUUAUACAUGUCUUCUUAAUCUUGGGCACAUUUGCAAAAAUCUCCCUCGAGACAUACACUAUUAGAGGCAUGUAUCCCCCCCGGCCCCCGCCCAAUUAAAAAAUAUAUGCGCCCUUGCUAUCAUCAUCACGUGCAUCAUCUCACAAGGCCAUCAGUGCUUUCAUUCAUUACCAGUGUUAUUCAUCUCUGUAAGUGUAAUCAAUAAUAUCAUUCACCAUCAUAAUUAUUGCCAGAAUGUAAUCACAGGAAAGGCAUAUCAUAAAUUGCCACUGAGUACAAAGUUGCCAAUUCCAGUUUUGUUUUUUGUUGAUUUACACUUAAUACACAGAAUAUGUCUUCCGUUUGAUAAUGAACAUUCUUUUUUGAAGCUAAAGAAACACAAAUAAAGAAUAAAGACAUUCCAGGAGGUACAUUUUUGUGUGUGUACCAUAAGUUUAUUAAACAUUGUGUCGUUUAUUAUUAUCAUGAUAUGAUUCGUAAAUUAAUGAUAAGUGUGGGUACUUUAUUGUUUAUACCAUUUACUUAACAAAUAUUAUUGACGAGCUCAAAUGCUGGCCUGUAAACUUGUUCUAAAGAAUAUUUCUGAACGUAAGUAAGCCUGAAGCAUGGGUCAUUUCAAAAGGAACAUCAAAAAGCAUUUUCGUACUUUUUUGUACGUCUGUGUCCUAUCUUAACAAAAGUUCAAGAAUAAUUAACUAUUUUCAGAGCUCAUUGGCAGAUGUAGGCUAUGCGAAUGUUUAAUUAAAAACACAUUUUAUAUUUUUGUAAUAAAACUUAUAACAG